AUGUACGAAUCAUACCGCCCCCAUCCACUCCUCGCCCAGGUCCCAUUAACCGUCUCCCCAUUCAUCAACCUCCCCACAACAGUCACUCUCCCCUACACCUACAAGUCCGUUCCAUCAACGCUGCCACCCUCCGUCACCGUCGACCCAAGCAACCCAGACGCCAAAGCCCGCUACGUCAUCUCAGCUAGCGGCGAACACGCUGCAUCGCCAGAGGACAUCCUCGCCUCGUGCAAAGCCCUCGAGCAGCACUUAAGCAAGACGAAGACAGACGCAGAGCAGGCCAUCAAGCAAUGGCAAGAGUCGAUAUCUGCGCGAGAGCUCGCAGAGAAACGCCGCGUAGCUCCUGGUUGGCUUGAUCGCGACGAGAAGCUCCUGCAGCCGAGUAAUGCGUCACAUCAACGCUCUCAGAGUCAGCCAAGCCAGAGUUUAUUGGACAGCGCGGAGCCGGACUCUGUAGCUGCAGAGCUGCCGUCUAUGGCUCCGCGGAAUGAAGGCGAGGAAAUAGAUCGAGCGUUUGGGGGGCUUGACUUGAAGUGA